AUGGUACCAAUAACCACAUACUUCUUGUUAUUCGUCUCUUCAAUCUUCUACGUUAUCUGGGAUGCUCGAAGUGUGCUAGAGGAACAUGCUGCGCAACUUGAUCGUCCUGGCUUUCAACGCUCUUCAAUGGGUUUCGCUACUUACACCAUUGGCCACCUUGAUUUUCCAAUCAUUAUGUGA